ACUAUUCAUGGACGGUGAAGUCAUUGAAACAGGCGCAGGCCUGCCGGGUGCCAGCAGCUUGAGCGUCAGGCGUAAGCGUCUGCGUAGCCCUCGUGUUACACCCGCUCAAAUUGAUGCACUACUAUCAAUAUUAGAAGCGCGUCCAUAUUUGCACACGCGGAAAUUUACCGGCUUGCAGGGCCGGGAAAAUUUCGAAACGGGCUGGAGGGAGGUUGCCGAGGAGCUCAAUAAUCUCCCUAACGGGUCUAGAAAGACACCAGAGCAGUGGAUGACGGUUUGGAGAGACUUAAAAGCCGCGCUUGCAGUAAGGCGGCAAAAUUAA